AUUAGGGAAAGCCUGUACCAGGGAAAUUUCAAGAAAUAAACUAUUCCCCUAGGAGACCGUCGUUCUUGAGAUCACAGAAGAUAGAAGAGACGAUGACAAAGCGAGCUAAGACAAAAUGUUUGCUACCUGAGAGUCGCGUUUCAAAGUAUGUUGAUAUGUUGUGAUUACUUUUGACUUUGUUGUUGAUAGAUUAGGGUUAUAAUUGUGGUGGAAUAUGGAGGUGAGCCAUUUUAUUGAAGAAAUCGAAGGGAGUGAAGAAAAUAAGUUUGAAACUGUUCAAAGAGAGGAUAUUUGUAGUGGUGGUUCUUCUAGUGAUGAGGAAUGGAUUGGUAAUAGAAAAAAGCUGAGUUGCUACAAUUCGAAUAUGCUUGCUAAAAAUCAAUUUGAUGGAUUUGAACCAUUUUAUGAUAGUGAUAAUUCUGAAAAUUAUUUGCUCACACCAACUCGAAGUGAGGAUGGAGGUGAGAGUGGUGUGAAGAAGGAGAGUGUUACAUACAAAGUCGAUAAUGAUGCUACACUCAAAAUGUUAGUAUGGAAAGUGGGCAUGAAGUUUGCUUCACCUGAAAUUUUCAAAAAGCAAGUUGUGAGAUAUGCUGUAAUUGAAGGGUAUAGCAUUAGGUUUAGUCUCUGUGCUAAAAAUCGUUCUAGGCAUCCGACUAGUCCCCGCAUGUGUUUGUUCAGGUGUUGAUUUCAGUUGAUAUGCUGUGAUUUAUGGUUCAAAUGUUGAUUUCAGUUUAUUAUAGUUAUUAGUUAGAUAUGGUUCAAGUGUUGAUUUCAGUUGAUUACAGAUAGAUAUGGUUCAAGUGUUGAUUUUAGUUAUAUCACGGUUGGUUUAUAAAACAACUCAAGUGCUGAUUUCAGUGCACCGAAAGGGAUUUAAAGGUUACUCAAGUUAGAUUACAGUCCCUGCAUUGAUUUAAGUUAGAAUCACAUCCAAAGCAUUGUAUUUAGAAAAUGUAUAGCCUUAACACUUCAUUCUUACAUUUUCAAUGAGCUGAUUCGUUUUGGAAUCAGAAGAAAUGUAAAAUUUCAGAGCUGGUCUCAGUUUAAUGCAUACAUUUAACACUGC